GCUCAAUUCGGCCAAAUUGAAGAAAGGCCUCAAAAUUUAUCCAUUGCUCUACCCUCUAUGCCCAUUAACCUUCUCCAAUAAACACCACCACUAUAUAUAAAGGCCAAUCUAUAUACACAGAGCUCCUUCAUAGUCAUAUAUAGGCAUCAACACUUUUUCUUGAUACACAUACAAAGCACAAAUUAAGCUAGCUAUAGCAAUGACUCUGUUAAUAACAGAGGAGUUGAAGGCCAAAGCAGAGGUGUGUCAUGGGGACCAAGUUUGCAGGGAGAAGUUCUCUUUGUUGCUUGCAGGAAUUGGUCUCCCAGAUGGAUUGUUAAGCGUAGAGGACAUUGAAGAAUGCGGGUAUGUGAAGGAAAUAGGCUUUGUUUGGCUCAAGCUUGACAAGAAGAGGGAGCACCGGUUUGACAACAUACUUGUUUGCUAUGAUUCAAUUGUUACUGCAUAUGUGGAGCCAAACAAGAUUAAGAAUCUCACUGGGGUGAGAGCUAGGGAUUUCUUGAUCUGGUUCACCUUGACUGAGAUUCAUGUGAAGGGUCCUCCAGAGGGAUCUGUCAUCACUUUCAAGUCUCUGGUUGGAUUGUCCAUGUCCUUUCCUCUGUCUAUCUUCCAAUCAGGGAAACAGGGGAAGCAAGAAGCAGCAAAGGAAGAGAAGUGGUGGAGGAUGAUUAAGCAUUAAUUAAUUAAUUAAUUAGUGCAAAAAAAUAGUAAUUGUAUAUCAUGAAUGGAUUAUUGAUCAGAUUAUGCUGAUGUAAAUGUAAUGGACUUUGUAUA